UUUUUCUAACUGUCAUGUUAACUGUUAAAACAAAGUCAUGUUUUGAAAUUUUUUCCUUUCAUUUGUUAAUUUACCGGAUGAUGAAACAGUAAUUAAACAUUUCUAUAAAUUGCAAUUAGAUAAAUUUGUGAAAUAUAUUGCUUUAUCAGUAUCAACUGAACAUUUUAAGAUGGAAGCUUUAGGAGAAGGAAAACUCACAGGUGCACAGAAGGAAGAAUUGAUGGACCAAGUAAAACAGCAAGUAGCUGUUUUAUUAGCACAAGAACUACUUCAGAAAGUCACUGAUAAGUGUUUUAGAAAGUGCAUUACCAAACCAGGAACUAGUUUGGACAGUUCUGAACAGAAGUGCCUCUCGAUGUGUAUGGAUAGAUAUAUGGAUUCAUUUGGUCUAGUAUCAAGAACAUAUGCUGGUAGAUUACAACGAGAAAGGGGACAAUUAUAAUAAUUGUAUAUUUAUUAGAACUGAUUAUCUUAUUCAAUGUCAUGAAUUAGUUAGCUACAUUAAUUUAGCUUAAACAUAAUCCAUCAUUUAUUUUUGUAGUUUUCUUUUUUGAAAUACCAUUAAGCCAUGUCAUACUGUUUUGUUUCACUAAAUUGUUUUAACUUGCUUUCCAGUGUUUUGGAUCAGAUCUAUCUUAUGUAGAUUUAUGUUAUUUUAAAUUAUUUAAAAAUAUGUUGUCAAAAUUGAUUAUAACAUUGAUUAAGAUGAAGUAUAUUCAUUAAUAUUGUAUUUGUAUUAUAAUAUUGAAAUAAACUUUAAUAAAAUGAA